CCGUGGGUGAGGGCUGGGACUGCCCCGUAACUGCCCAGAGCCGAGUUGUUGCUGCAGACAAGACACGGGCACAGGCACAGGCAAUAUAUUUUACUAGGCCAGAAGACAUCUUGAGGAAAAACAAUACUUUAUAAAUGUCGGGGUUUUAUCUGUUAUCAGUGUGUCUGCCGUGUGCGCGGCUCCGGGAAAGCGCGUUCAGGGAGCUCCGGAUGACCCCGGGCCAAGAAAAGGCCCGCGCUGCGGGGCCCGGGGGGCGCUGCGUGACCGCGCCCGGUGCUGCCGCCUGGUGGCCACAGCCCGGUACUGCAGCUGGGGAGCGGCGCGCUGUGCCCGUGCCGGGGGACGAGGGGGCGCUGCCGCUGCGGGCGGGGUCGUGCCGGUCAGAAAGGGGCGGAGGCGGACGGACGAACCGCCGGGAGACAAAGAAGCCCCGGCUCUCCCGGGGCAGCCCCGCUGCGAAAAGAACGGAGGAGGCGGCGGCGUCUCCUCGGCCCCGAGCACAGGGGAGAGAAACCUGUCGGACGGAGCUCCUUCGGGCUCUGUCUGUUCACAAUGAAUUUAUGGGGGAUCCGUCCGGCAGUCGGUGGCCCGCGGUCGCUCGGCAACAGCAGAAGCGGAUUGAAGGGACCGGCCGCUGGAGGAUGCCGAAGCCUCCCGGGUCAGCGAUGGGAGCAGCUUUGCGUAAAGCGAGGGGUGCCGGUCCCUGUUUUCUCUUCCCGCUUUUGAAGAGAAGCUGCCGAGUCAGCGUACGCUGCGGUGAAGUUCUACAAGAUGCGGCCCUCAGGAACCGGUUGCUGUGGGGUUGCUCGUGCGGCCAGCUUUUGGUGUCGGUUGUUCCGGCGCUCCGUCGCGGUGUAGAGCCGGCCCCGUACGUAGCGCGGCGGGUCUGUGACCUCGCGGGAAGCCCAGGCUGCUGCACAGAGCUCGUCGGGAGCGGGAGCCGCGGAGGCGGGGGGCCUCGACGAGCCAGAGCUGCGUCAGACGGAGGGGGGCGCGCGCGCUGCCCGGGGGCCGCGUCCGGCGGAGCCGAAGUGACCUGCGGCGGCAACGAGCGGGAGCCGCUCGGAGCUGGAGCGGCCGUUGGCCGCGCCUUCCCUGGGAGGGGAUCCGUCCGGCAGUCGGUGGCCCACGGUUGCUCGGCAACAGCAGAAGCGGAUUGAAGGGACCGGCCGCUGGAGGAUGCCGAAGCCUCCCGGGUCAGCGGUGGGAGCAGCUUUGCGUAAAGCGAGGGGUACGUGAAGCCGGGCGUGCGGUGCCGACCGCCCAGCAGGUAAGGGAAGCUAAAGCUUUACCUCCAGGGACUUCUGCCCAGAAAGCUGAAGCAAUUGCUCUCGCGUGAGCUGUAGAGUUACGCAAAGAGAAGAAGAUUAGUAGCUGCACUGAUUCUAAGCAGGUUUCUUGAAGGGUGCGGGCCCUUGAAGCCGUUUGAAAAGAAUAAAGUGUAUUAACGGCACAAGGGAGGCAGAUUAAACGUGAUGCUCCGGUUGCUGGAAGCUGUGCUGUUGCUAGGAGAGUUGCCGUCACGCGUUGCAACGGGCCUCAGAAGGGAAACGCUGCUCAGGAAACUGGCCAUAAAUUGGCAGGCGCCGCUGUCAAACCAGCCACCGAGAGGACAGAGACCGGUACGGAAGCCGCGUCUCUGAGCCCAGGUGGCCGUGUCCUCCAGCCAACGUCAGGGAACUGUAACAAAGAGGAUAAGCAAUUAAUAGGAGAUUAAUAGCCCGAUCAGAAUUAGGGUCCAAAGGAGCCGUCUCCGGCGACGGGAGAGCAGCGGCGCCUCGCGGCGCGAGGAGCUGACGCGCUCUGUCGAGAUGGGACGAACAGGUAAGAGCGAAUUUAGAAGCUCUGUGCGAACGAGGCAAUGGGAAACGUGCCUAGAAAACCGUCUUGAUAGUGCACGCGGGGUACAGACAAGAGCAGCCGGACGAGGGAAACGUGCCAGGACGACGCUGGCAAAGGGAGUUCUCCGAGCUGCCUGGAAAAGGGGGGUGUCGAUACCGGCCGGCACGAACAGCUCCCUUCUCGGGUCGGCCGGAAGCGUUGCCGUGCCGGGGGGCGGCUGCCGGCCUGCGGGCCGGGGCUGCGGCUGUUUGGGGCGCUGCCCCCGCUUUGUUUUCCUCGGGGAGCCCCCCCACGCUCGGGGGCUUGUGGGACGUGCACGUGCGAAUGACACGGUGUUCCCAGCUGCUCUGUUCUCUGCCUUGUUUUUUCAGGUGCCGGUCCCUGUUUUCUCUUCCCGCUUUUGAAGAGAAGCUGCCGAGUUAGCGUACGCUGCGGUGAAGUUCUACAAGAUGCGGCCCUCGGGAACCGGUUGCUGUGGGGUUGCUCGUGCGGCCAGCUUUUGGUGUCGGUUGUUCCGGCGCUCCGUCGCGGUGUAGAGCCGGCCCCGUACGUAGCGGUGAGGCGUACCGCAGUUCGGUUUGAUUCUCGGAUAGGCCUCGGCUCUGACUGUGCACUCGAACGCCAAAACCUACAGCGGAAGCUGCGGUGGCUUUAGCGUGCAAGGGGCGCGAGCGCCGUGAAGCCGCCCGUGUGGCCGAGCGUCCCGAUCGCGGCGCUGAGCGUUAGACGGACUUGAGCCGCGUGCCGGAAUGGUUUUGUUUUGGAGAGGGCGGGGUAAACCUGGAGCACAACUUGUGAGGGCGGUACGUCGUGGGCAGGUUUUAGUAUUGCCUGUGGAGUGCCGCUAGAAGCGUUCGUAGUUCUUGCUUGUCUCUGUUACAAGAUGAGCCGUGUCGUCCUGCGUGACGCGUAACGGGAGGACGGCGCGGUAGCGGUGCUCUGCACAAGAGCCCGUUGGGGGGUAUUUUAGCUCGCGGGAAAGGGAUUGGGGAACCACCUGGUGGGAAUGCGAGGAGAGCAGCCCUGGCGGAAUCUGAGGAGCCGAGGCCGUUGUAUAAAUUGGACAAGGAAGGAAAGGCUGCGGGCAAAGCGCGGUGCUGCACCCGGCCGCCCCAGUGCGGUGCCGCGGCGCGCCUCGGUGCUGCCGCCCUGUGGCGAAACCCGGGUACUGCAGCGCACGGCAAGGGGGGGGGGGCAGAUGCCGCGAUUGAGAGACGGGGACGCAACUUGAUGCAAGCAAAGUGUCCACUUUAUUGCUCUUCACACAAUUCUUUUAUACUGUUACAUGCAUAACAACUACUAUCGUGGAUUAUGCUGAUUGGCACAACAAUUAAUUAUCUCAUACAUAUUACAAAGGCUGAGCUCAUGAUAGGUUAGUAAGAGCAUGCAAAUCUGUCCUAGCUCCUUGUUACUAUCGUGUCCUGUGUGCUGGGCAAGCUUUACAGGCUGCUUUCUCACAGCCACAAGGUCCUGUUGCUAAACAGGACAUUCCCAUCUAUCAUCACAAGUUUCUGCUCUUUGUGCUUACAUCUGCAUGUUGUAACUUUUCACGGCCCUUAGUAAUUUUCCAUGCUAACACAACAGGUCUAGUAGCUAGAACUAGCAUAUUAACUAUAGAUAUAUAUUUUUGCUAAUAUCCUAUAAGCCUAGAUAACCCACAGGCAGAGACGCCGAUCGAGCCGCGGGGGUUCGCGGUCGGGUCUGUGCGUGCCGGUGUCCGUCCCCCCGACGGGGGUCAGUUCCCCAUUGGUGUGCAAACGACACCCCUCCCUCGAUGGCUCCUUAGGAGGGUUAAUCCCAGUCCUCGUUCUUUUGGCAGCGGCGGGUCUGUGACCUCGCGGGAAGCCCAGGCUGCUGCACAGAGCUCGUCGGGAGCGGGAGCCGCGGAGGCGGGGGGCCUCGACGAGCCAGAGCUGCGUCAGACGGAGGGGGGCGCGCGCGCUGCCCGGGGGCCGCGUCCGGCGGAGCCGGAGUGACCUGCGGCGGCAACGAGCGGGAGCCGCUCGGAGCUGGAGCGGCCGUUGGCCGCGCCUUCCCUGGGGAGGUGAGCGCGGGGAGCCCGGCCUCUCUCUCCCUCGGGGAUUAAACCCGCGCCCGUCCGCGCCCUUCCCGGGGGCGGCGGCGAGGCGGGGUCCCCCGGCUCUCCCGGGGCGGCCCCGCUGCCGGGGGGCGCGGGCGAGGCGGCGGCAGCGCCUCCUCGGUGCCGGGGGGCGGAGGGGAGAGAGACCUGCCGGCCGGAGCCGCGGGGCGCGCGGCCCCUCGGGCAGGGCGCUCCCGGUCUCUGGGCCGCGGGCCGGGGGCGGCAGACGGGUUCGGGUGCUCUGGCGUGCUUUUUAGCCAGCGUGGCCUUCUCCGCGCCGUGAAGAAAAUCCCGCGCGGUCGAUUCCGCUCGCCGCUCGGGAGAUGCCGCGUCUCUGGGGCCGUGGACUGGGGAAGAACGUUUGCGAGUUGGAGGGCGCUACAAGAUAUUCCACGGGGAAGCCGGAGAAGAGGCAAAUUGGCUGCCAGCGGAGUUGCGUUCCUUCGGUUUAGGACGUUCGGCUUGUCCUUCCAGAGAAGGAGCAGUCGUGGGUAGGGCCGAGAGAGGCUUUUAAGCGCGUGAUCGGAAUUGGAGCCAAAUGGCACUCGACGUUGCCGCCGUGGGUCUUGGCUUUCAGUGGUUUCCCCGCGGCUGCCUGGUGUUUGGGAGCUCGGAGCGGGCAUUUUUUUUCCCCCCAAGGAGAGGCUGUGCUUGAAACAGAACUUGCUUGAAGAAGACAGACGAGGCGGGUGAGGAUGCAGAGCGGGCCAAUCAGAUCGCUCGGGAGGGCUGGAGGGGCGGAGCGCCGAUAGGCGGGGAGCAUGGCAAUUGAUGUGCGUAGGCAGCCAAUGAGGUUGCCGGGGGGGCGGGCGUUGCGGUGUCCGUACUGCGCAUGCCCAACUUGCGCAGUCCUCAGUCAGGUCCGACGCUGAGGCGGGCACCUGGGGGCGGAGCGCGGGAAGGAGCAUCCAAUAGGAGGACGGCGCGGCGGGGUGGAAAGCAGCCAAUCAGAGCGCGCCGUCUCAAUCCCGUUUGAACAGCUGCCUCCCUGGCAAACGCGUCCGUGGGGUCCCGGGGCGGGUAGCGGGAGUUAACGGGGAAACGGGGGUCGGGGCGAGGGAGGGGAGGCUGUGGAGCGCUCAUUUUGGCCUCUCCGUCCCUUUUGCCUCUCUCUCCCUCUCUCUGUGUCUCCUUGUCUUGCUCCCUGUCCCUGUCUUUCUCUGGUAAGCUGACCUGCUCUUUGCCCUUCUUUUUUUGUGGAAUCACAGGCUCCUCCUGCUUGGAAAAGACACGUGCAGUUUUAAAUUUGGGUUUGAACUCUAGGG